UAGCCUGGUUCAUCAUGCCAAGUAGCUACUUAACUCCACUAAGGGCCACGUUUCAAACACUUGGGAUUACUAUUUACUCUCUCUCACAUUUCUCAUCUCAAAAUAAUAUAAAUACCUGCAUUCCCAUAUCUCUCACAACAAAAACAAAAACAAAAACCCUUCUCUCUUUUCUCUCUCUCUCUCUCUUUUAGUAACUCCCCUAGUUUGUUACAAAUAUUUGUCCAUAGUGUGUGCAAUGCUGAAAUCAGGCAUGGGAAUUCAGGAGAGAAAGAAGGUGAAGAAACCUGCACAAGCCAGUUCCAGAAAGGGGUGUAUGAGAGGGAAAGGUGGCCCUGAGAAUGCUACUUGCACCUACAAAGGUGUGAGGCAAAGAACCUGGGGAAAAUGGGUUGCUGAAAUACGUGAACCCAACCGUGGUGCAAGGCUCUGGCUUGGAACCUUUGACACCGCUCGUGAGGCUGCUUUGGCCUAUGAUGCUGCUGCCAGAAAGCUUUAUGGACCUGAUGCAAAACUCAACCUCCCAGAACUCUCUGUGCCUUAUGCUGCUGGAGUGAUGAAUCCUUCUCACAUGCAACAACAGCAACAGCAACAGCAACAACCUCAGGUUCCCCAAAUGAUGAUGCAACAACAACAGCCUCUCGUGCACCCUACCUUUGACCUUGUCAAUGUCACUCCUCAUUCUGAUUUCAACAACAACAGCAUCAACAUCCUCAACAACAACCCCGUGGUCUCUUCCAUGGCUUCUUCUUUUCUUGCAGAUGCAGCAGCACCCGUGUAUACCAGCUGCGACUCUAUUGUCUCUCUUCCGUUGUCUGCAACCAAUUACACCACCAACAACACGGUGCCGAUGGAAAUGGACGGCUACUACUAUUCCUCCAUCGCUGUGGAGAGCAAGGAGGACGACAUGUUUCGCCCCUUCUGGGGUCCAACAAUGGACGACACCAUGCCUGUGUCUGAUGAGUCCAUCUGGACUGAAGCUGCUAUGUCUCUUGAUUAUCCUAUUGUUGGAGGAGGAGGCGGGUUCGGUAACAACCGAAAAUUCUUCUUUGGAGAAGCUACUGCGUGGGACUCCCUGCAAACUCCUUCUUUCUGCAUGUAAAUUGUCAUCGGAUGAAAGAGACAGACAGUAUAGCAAUAAAGUAUUAUGUCUGUGAUAGUGAAUAUCUUACAUCAUCAUCUGGAUUAUCACCU